UGUGUCCAGACUCUCCCACACGGACGGACAUCAGGCAGCUCGGUGGUCUUUGAGCCCCGUGUUCGGUAAACUGAUAUCGGAGCGCACGCCGACGACGCUUUCCAAAUCCUUACCGCGGCGCGCAACAAGACCAGGGACCGGGAUUUCCUUCUGCUUGCGCUUUACGCCGGGACUCAGUGAACCUUUAACCGGGUAAAAUAAAGGACAUGCGGUCAGUCUGAAGUCAAAUUAGCGGCUGAAGAAUUCACCUUGAGCGGUUCCUCUGAGCGAGCGGCUGAGGAGAGGCGACUCGUUUGUAUUUAUUUGGUUGCUUUCUAUUGAGUGGCAUUUGUCUUGUUUCACACUGUGGAGGAGAGCAAACAGAGCAGGUUUGAGUUUCAGGCUCUGACUGACUGACUGCUGGACGGACUUUCUCGAGAGGUUCCACUCUGAGGAACAACGUGUUUAUGGAUUGCUGCGCAGCGAGGAGCACCGGGAGUUGUAGGCUGAGCCCUCACGCAUCGAUCAUGUUGAUACCUCGCUGUUGCUAUAAACUUUGAUAGAUGUUUACGGAACGAUUUCAGUCAGACUGAAAACCAUUUGCAGAAUUAAGCUCAGAUAAGCUCAGACUGACCUCUGGGGAAAGUGGGAAGCGCCUUUUCGCCCUCCCUCAUUUUUUUUUUCUCUCCCAAGACGUCAGGACGGAUCUCUAUCACGCAGUCUGACUCUCCUUCUGUGAUUUAAACAAAGACCAAGUGUUUGGGGAUAGCAUGGCAAUGGUAGUAAACCAGUGGCCAGAGAACAUUUCUGCAGACCCCGGGUCUCAGCUCCAGAUAUGCGGCCAGGAGCCCGGCGGGGCACCGGGGACACCCAACGGGUCCACCCCGGGGAACGACGCACUUUCCGGGGACAAGAUCCCUAACGUGGACUGCAUGGUGUGCGGGGACAAGUCCAGUGGGAAGCAUUACGGCCAGUUCACCUGCGAGGGAUGCAAAAGCUUCUUUAAGCGCUCGGUGAGGCGGAACCUGACGUACACCUGCCGGGGGAACCGGGACUGUCCCAUCGACCAGCACCACCGAAACCAGUGUCAGUACUGCCGGCUGAAGAAGUGCCUCAAAGUCGGCAUGAGGAGAGAAGCCGUACAACGAGGACGUACAUCGAACUCCCAGAGCAGCCCGGGACAGUACCUGACCAACGGCACCGACCCGUACAACGGGCAGCCCUACCUGUCCGGCUUCAUCUCCCUGCUGCUGCGGGCCGAGCCGUACCCCACGUCUCGCUACGGCGCUCAGUGCAUGCAGGGAAACAACCUGAUGGGCAUCGAGAACAUCUGCGAGCUGGCGGCCAGGCUGCUGUUCAGCGCCGUCGAGUGGGCCAAGAACAUCCCCUUCUUCCCCGACCUGCAGCUCAUGGACCAGGUGGCGCUGCUCCGCAUGUCUUGGAGCGAGCUGUUCGUCCUCAACGCCGCCCAGUGCUCCAUGCCGCUUCACGUGGCUCCUCUGUUAGCGGCGGCCGGCCUGCACGCCUCGCCCAUGUCGGCGGAGCGCGUGGUGGCCUUCAUGGACCACAUCCGGGUCUUCCAAGAGCAGGUGGAGAAGCUGAAGGCCCUGCAGGUCGACACGGCCGAAUAUUCCUGCCUCAAGUCCAUCGUGCUCUUCACGUCUGAUGCUAUGGGUUUGUCAGACGUCGCCCACGUGGAGAGCAUCCAGGAGAAGUCCCAGUGCGCCCUGGAGGAGUACGUCAGGAACCAGUACCCCAGCCAGCCCAACCGCUUCGGCCGCCUGCUGCUGCGCCUGCCCUCGCUGCGCAUCGUCUCGUCCCCGGUCAUCGAGCAGCUGUUCUUUGUGCGCCUGGUGGGGAAGACGCCCAUCGAGACGCUGCUCCGCGACAUGCUGCUGUCGGGCUCCAGCUACAACUGGCCCUACAUGCCCACGGUGCAGCGCGAGCGGCCGCUCUCCCUCCACUACAACGAGAACGGGCCCUAAAGGCUGGAGACUCCCACCAAGGAGAAGCUGCGGGGGGAAGACUUCAGGCGGACCUGACUACUCAUCCAAUCCAUCCUUCCUUCCCUCCAUCGCUCUCAGCUUUCCCGGAGGAGGCGUCUUCCUCACCAUUCCGCCCUAAAGACUGACAACACGAUACGUCCCGGUUAAACACGCCAGCCAAUCGCACACCAUUGCCAAUGCAGAGCCUCGGCGGCCCGUCGCGGCGGUUUGAGAUGUGGCAUGAGACGGGCAGCUUGGUAGGACGGGUGAUUGCGCAGUUCACCAGCAGGUCUGUUGGACUCACUUCAGAUGUCAAUCUCAUGAACAAACCAACCCCAAUGCAAACAAAAAAUCACUUCCUGGUGCUACGCCGACGCUCACGCAGGCUGCCUACAAGCAGCGGCCAAUACCGAGCAAGGGCUUUGCUAGUGGACUCCUGAGCCGGAGCACAAGGCCCGCUGUACAUUUACCAGUUUUUGAGAAGAAAACCAGAAGCCAUUAAAAAAAAAAAAGACAAAUGCCAAAAUGUCUUGAACUUUUGCAGAGGACAUGUUUUAUUGUGUGUGUUUGUAUUAGCACUGUUUGUAUGGAGAGAAAACUCAUGAUUGUGUUCAUAUGUACAGUAUAUCAUGGAUUCAUAGGCAUCUAAAGCAUAUUAGGGUUCAAUGGGAAAGCUCAGGUUCAGAGGGUGGGACAGACGGACAGACGGACGGACACGACCAGCCCUGCAGAUCUCUUCUCAGCAGCCUGUGCCAAAGCUGAAAGACGCGUAUUGUUUGGAGUAUUUCUGUGGUCGUGUUGGUGAUGUAACAGAACUUCUGGUUUGUCUGAAACUGUUUUGGGGUCUCAGGGGGAGGAAAGUACAAAUAAAAGCUUAGGCACUUGUAAAUUAGUCAGAACUACACUUCCUCACUGGUUACACUCACAGCACUGACCCCCGAUGGACCGACCCGCGUUCUGACUGAUCAGAAAGCCCAUUACAGCUCCCUCCAUGACCUCAUCACAGGAGCACGCCGCUCUUCCUCUUCUUGUGUUUUUUAGUCAUGAUUGUCAGUAUUGGACCUUUUAGAGCGGGGGGGAGGGGGGGGGACUAGCUGUACUUGCCUUAGAACAAAGAUUUUGUCACUGAGCAUUUAUCUUAUGACUGUGCCAUAAUCUCUCGUUACCUGUUAUAACAGGUCUUAUGUCCUGUCAGGAGGGAACUGAGCGGCGUGACGGCGGCCGACUUUCAUGCAAUCAGUAGACGUCACACAUUUCUGCUUUAACAUCGUCGGCACUUCCGGUUUGUAAACCUCACGCCAGCUCUUUUCCGGUUCCUGCUGAUAUUGUGGUGUAGGGAAACCCCUCAACUCGUGUCAUGGAGCUUAUCGUACCGAUACCAUAGAAUAUGUAUCACUAACCUGAAAACCUCAGUCUAUGUUACCAUAUUAUCCCCGUUGGACUUAUGACUGUGACUUAGCGUAGGACGAUUUUAAGUUGUUUUUUCUUCCCCUCGGUGGAAGUCAGUUUGUUUGUCUCACAUUUCCAACAUGGCAUCGUGGUGUCAGGUACCGGUAUUGGAAAAGCCAUCUGGGACCGUAGAAAGCUGUCUGUUGGUGAAUAAGUUCACAGAACGUUUCUAUGAGUUUGUUUUUAUCCCUCUGCUUUUGUUUGGAAAUCUGGAUUAUCCAUGAAUUCAAUAAAGUUCUUUUGUUCACACUCA